UUUCAACUUGUUAGCAACCCAUUAUAUUAAUUAGAAGAGAAGGAUGAUAGCUUGGGCUGACAUAUAUAAGGUGGUGGUGGCCAUGGUGCCUCUCUAUGUGGCGCUCGGCCUUGGUUAUGGCUCGGUGAGGUGGUGGCGGAUCUUCACACCGGAACAGUGCGAGGCGAUCAACCGCAUGGUGGCCUACUUCUCUUUUCCCUUCUUCACCUUCGAGUUCACACUCCACACCGACCCCUUCGCCAUGAAUUAUCGCGUCAUCGCAGCCGAUGUCAUCUCAAAACUCAUCAUCGUGCUGGUUUUAGCUGCAUGGGCCAAGUGCAGCAGCAAAGGGAGCUACUGCUGGUCCAUCACCAGCUUCUCGCUCUGCACUCUCACCAAUUCCUUGGUCGUCGGCGCUCCGCUGGUCAACCAGAUGUAUGGCCGGUGGGCGCAGGACCUCGUGGUGCAACUCUCGGUUGUGCAAGCCAUCAUGUGGCUGACACUACUCUUGUUCGUGCUCGAGCUGAGGAAGGCAGGGAUGGGGGAAGCUGUGGUGGCUGCCACCUCUAGUGGUGGUGGUGGUGGUGGUGGUUCUGUUGACCAACAGCCAGUGAAGGAUGUCGAAGGGAACAUGACCGAGGUGGUGGCGAGCCGGCCGGCCUUCUGGUCACUAAUGAAGACUGUGUGGCUCAAGCUUGCACUGAAUCCUAACUCAUAUGCAAGCAUCGCCGGCAUCACCUGGGCUUUUGUUGCCAAUCGGUGGCACUUUGAGAUGCCGAACAUUAUGGAGGGUUCGAUUCUUAUCAUGUCAAAAACGGGGACUGGAUUGGCGAUGUUUAGCAUGGGGUUGUUCAUGGGGAUGAAAGAGAAGAUAGUUGCAUGUGGGCCAAGCUUGACGGCAUUUGGAAUGGCAUUAAAGUUCGUUGCAGGGCCUGCAGCCAUGGCGAUCGGAGCCAUCACCGUCGGACUUCGUGGUGAUCUUCUGAGUGUGGCGAUAAUACAGGCUGCAGUACCUCAAUCUAUCACUUCAUUUAUUUUUGCCAGGGAGUAUGGAUUGCAUGCUGACGUCCUUAGCACAGCGGUCAUAUUUGGGAUGCUGGUCUCCUUGCCACUGAGAAACCUUUGCUCAUGCCUUGGUUUAAACUUCUUAACCUUGGAACCAAGAAGGCUCAAAAUUCAAAGCCUUGGGGUCUACAUUCCAUAACAUUAUAUUCAUCGGUGACCUACCCACUACAAGACCAAGAAAGAGGUGUUGCCACUGCCAUGGACUGCCGACUUGAUUCCAGAAAAAGAUUGGAGGAUGUCAAAGUCUGCAUGGCUCCUGUGUAACAGUAGCAAUAACAUGGGAAGCAAGACUAGGACAUCUGUGAAGAUUGCCUCUGCCCAUAGGGACGGGUAGGCUGGAAAGAGGAAUUUAUAAAGUUUGAAAUUGCUCACAUCUGCCCCUUUGUUUGAAGCUGAUAGACAAAAAAAGAUCUUCAACAGAAGAACAAUAAAAGAGUUUAUAUAUAAAAGUUAUGUAACAUGACUGCAUGUUACUCUUAC